AUGACUUUUGGUGACAUUAGCUUUGGAAAGAUUGUAAUUGAUAAAACAAAUUUGACUUAUAUCUGGCCUGAUGCGUUUGCGGCCUCAUUUGCGGUGACCAAGGAACUAAUCAUCUCAUCAAAUCCACAUUUGGAGCAAGAUAACAUGUACGAAUUGAUGAGAAAAUUCACCAACGUGGUUACCAUAGCUGAACUUCAUAACACAAAAAUGACCAUGGUCCCGGAAAAUGCGUUCGGCAAUCAACCAAAAAUUAGACAAUUAACCAUACAAUCGGGUGAGCAGUCAAUAGGAAGUCACGCAUUCAGAGGGUUAUCCAGUUUAAUAGGUCUUCACAUUCAAUGGAAUUCUCUGAGCCAUUUCAGUGCCAAUGCAUUCUCCAUCGAUCAGCCUAGCAGUGAAGAACUUUAUAUUCAAUUUGACGGUAACAAUUUUAACGAGCACAGUUUCGAUACUGGUGCAUAUGUAGGCAUAAACCGACCCACAGGCUUAGGAUCUUAUUGGAUAAAGCAGAAUAAUUUAUUUGACAAAUUUCGUAAAGUAAAGUGUUCUGAUGAACUAAAAUGGGCCGUAUGUUUAUUGGCCAACAUACAAUUAAUAGCAGGCAAAUGUCCGGACCCGAGCGAAAUACUACCAUGUUAUGGAUGCGAAGAUGGAUUCAUCACGUGUUCUGGCAAUGAAAACAUAGAUUUGAUCAAAAUAUUUGACAAAUUAAACAAAGCAUUGGAUCCAAAGGAAAAGAAUUUUCUGACCUUCGAGUUCAAUAACACUGGAGUGACUCAUAUCAAGUCGAAUACGUUUGGCGAUAUAAGCUUUGCCAAGAUUCUCAUUAAUCACACCAACUUGGUCUACAUUAACCCGGCUGCGUUCUCCGCUUCGCACACGGUCACUAAAGAGUUAAUCAUUACGUCAAACCCGCAUUUAGAGCACGAUAUAUACGAACUAAUUAGUAUAUUCACAAACGUGGUUAAUGUUGUAGAAAUGUACAACACAAAAAUCACCAUGGUUCCCGAUAACGCGUUCGGCAAUCAACCAAAAAUUUUAAUGACGUUUAAUAGUCUAUCGGCCAGUAUUUCAACGAUUAUGUCGUGUUUUAUAUGCGGUUUAGUGUCGACUAAAUCGGCAAAACUUCAGCGCAUUUUGCAUGCGAUUAAUGCCAGGGAUUUGUCGGACGACGAGUACAACGAGUGGCUUAUGUUUGGGACAAUCGUACGAAACACUCGUACGUUUGGAUUCACGAUCGGAGGUUACGCUGUGUUUAAUAAAUUGACAUUUAUUGAG